AUGGGGCGUCGCCAGGCUCGGCGCAAGAGGCGCAAGGCCGAGCGUGAGCGAUGCAUCCCGAGGCUUGAGACUCUGAUCAUUGAUCAAGCCAACUUCGGCGGUUCAUGGAGACGCACGCAGGCCUUCAUGUCAUAUCAGCGACAAGGCAAAAAUGGUGGCUCUGCCGACAUCAUCUGCGGCUGUGACCCGUCAUCCCGAACCAUAUGGCGAACUUGUCCGAAUUAUUAUCUCGAGAUGAACCCAGCCAGGCCGCUCGUGCCAACUGACAACCCCGAUGAUCACAAUCGACGGAGUGGCAAAGGCAACAAGAAGUCGUCGCAAGCUCCGGAGCAAUCGGAACCUGUCGAAUACGGCCGAGUCUUCUUUUUUAUUCAUCGCUCCCUUCCCAGACACCUUUGGCAUGUGGAAUAUCAUACUGAUGCCAAUCAAGAUAUGGCUGCGACACUCUUUCUCGACACUCAACAAGGGCGGAUUGCCAUCCAUUCUGUCUACAAUGUGAACCAGCCGGCGAAGGACGGUCGACCAAAGAGACAUAUCGACGUCAAGCAACUUGUUAAGGAAACCACUUUCGGUCAACGCAACAUCGUGGUCGGCGACUUCAAUCUUCAUCGCUAUUUAUGGGGCGGCCCUUUAUUCAAACAGCCCAAUCAUACACUGGCUGCCAAAGUCCUCGAGCAUGAGAUGAUUACAGUGGCGAAGAUGGCACUUUUGACCAAACAGGGCACUGUGACUUGCACUAUGGGUCAUGGCGAUAACCAUCACACAGCUUCAUGUAUCGACCUCACCUUCAUCAGUCCCGACUUGUGUCACAAGGUCAAGCAUUGGGGAGUCUUUCAAGACAACCCUUGGAAGCCGAGCGAUCACCGCCCCAUUAGGACAAUCCUCGAUAUGAGCUGUGUCCGAGACGACAGCAGGGUCCUGUUAUGGAACCGUGUCAACAUCAAGGCUUUCUUCGAAGCUGUCGGACUGUGUCUUUGCCAUCUCGAUGGCAUGCCACUGGAUACCCACCACGACUUGGAUGCCUUUGCAUCCAAACUCGUCCAGAUUAUCUAUGAGUCUAUACAGGAGCAUGUUGGCAGCCGUCUUGCAAACCCCCCUCCACGACAACAGCUCUUGGAUCCUCGCCUGCGGAACAUCCUGACGACUGAGUGUCUCUCUACUCCCGCAGGCCCCGACAUUCGACUGGAUGACCACGCCAAACAUGUGCAAGGCAGGAACCAAAAUUCCUAUCGCCAAAGCAUCGCCAAUAAGGGACUCUGGUUGGCAACUGCGAUAGGCAAGGCGCAAUCCCAGCCUCAAAAUGUCAUCAAUAUGCCCGCACUUGUCCAUAACAAAAGUACGUUUGCUUCAGAGAAAGAAAAGCAGAUCUGUAUUCGCAAUUUCACUUGGUCAGAGACGAGCGAUUGUCCCCCUCCAGAACUUCCCUUCCCAGACCUCAGUCCCGAUCGAGCGGAGUUCGAAAUGGAUCUGGUUGUGACGGAGCUUAUGAUCAUUACCAUGAUUCAAAGGCUCCCGUCAAAGAAGGCUUGCGGGGAGGACAAGGUCCCCAACGAAGCCCUCAAGCUGUGUCGCAUGCUGAUAGCACCUUACAUUGCUAAGCUUUUCAACGCAUGCAUCAGGCUGGGCUAUCACGCAGCAGCCUUUAGGAAAGCCAUUACGUCCAUGUUACCUAAGGCUGCUAAGCCUGCCUAUAACCAUCCAAAUAGCUGGCGCCCUAUAGCACUCCUAUCGUGUCUUGGCAAGCUAUUUGAGCGGUUCCUUGCCCAGCGCCUGAAGAAGCUUGCAUUGGAUCACAAGCUUCUUCCCGAGACACAGUACGGUGCUCCGGGAAGAUCCACUACAGACGCUCUCACAGCUAUGUUGGGUGUCGUUCGAAAAGCCUGGGCCUGGAAGCCAACACACAGGAUACCUCGACUGGUCGUCUCGAUUGUUGCACUUGAUGUAUCUGGAGCCUACAAUUGUGUGGAUCGCGUCUUACUACUCCAGACUCUUGCCGACCGCGGCGUCGCUACAUGGUUCCUCCGCGUCAUUCACUCGUUUCUUUCCGACCGUUCGAUCGUUAUCAAACUGCCCCAGAGCGUUUCAGAACCUUUCUUCGUCAACAUCGGCAUCCCCCAAGGAUCGCCGCUAUCCCCUCUGCUCUUCUUAUUUUAUACGGCGCCGUUACUUGUAAUGCUUGCCGAGGAAAUCAAGAAGCUGGAUCGGCCGAAUGUUGAGGUUCAUGUCUUUGCUUAUGUGGACGACACUUAUAUUAUGGCUGUAUCCACAUCCUACGAGGAGAACUGUUCUCUCCUGAAGGUAUUCCACGAUCUCAUCAUGGAAUGGGCCAAAGGCGCCCAUCUCUCCUUCUCUCCGGAGAAGUCCCUGGUGAUGCACUUUCAAAAUGGGGUGAGUGACGCCAAGCGGAAGAGUGACCAACGGAAACGCGAGAACCUCGGGUUGACCGACACGCCAGAGGUUGAACCGUUGUGUACGCUACUGCCCGACAUCUACGAGCUCAGGAACAACCCAAAAUGUCUUCAGCAGGAGAAGCUUCCGGUUCUCGGUCUUAUGUUGGAUCCUUGGCUGUCUUUUGAACACCACUUGACCCAUAUCGAGGAAAAGGUUGAGUCAGCGUUGAGGUAUCAAAGACGGAUAUCGGGGGCCAACUGGGGGAUGACGCUCGAAAAGACUAGGCAGUAUUACAUCUGCAAGAUUCGGCCUGUCAUUUCCUACGCUUGCGCAGCAUGGUUCGCCUGGCGUAAGCAUGAGCCGGGUCUAACGGGACUUCGGAAACCAUUACCACCUCGCCAGAUAGCGCGACUCCAGAAGCUACAGUACAAGUGCAUCAUGCUGUUGUCUGGUGCGAUACGUGCCACCCCACGUGUUGUCCUGGAGAAGGAGUGUCACAUUGACAGCAUCGAAGUCUUCCUCUACCGUAUGGCGAUGUCCUGUCGCGCAAAGUCUUUGAAGGUGCGCCCUCACGACUUCUGGUUCAACAGGCUACCUGAACACGAUGAGGAUGGAAGAUUCCAUGACAAGCUUCACGCCUACCACGAAAGCGCCUUCGACGUCCUGAAUGGCAUCGCGAGGGUACUAGUCGGAGAAGCCGGAAAGCGAUUUCAAGAUACUUGGAAGUGUCCGCCGAAAACAACAGUUCUUGAAGCUUGGAGGAACCCGGUCAACCGCAACAGGGCCAUCCGGCAGCAGGCAAUUCGGCAGGCUACUGAGACAAGUAAAGGAAUAUGGGCAGCCCACCUCUCAGAACGCAAAGAUGAGAAGACCAGUACUUAUCAGCCUCAUGCACUCAAAGGUGAAUGGGGUGGAGAGAGUUUAGCUUACUACCGUGGUAUGACGCGCCCCGAGUCUACACUUGGUAUGCAACUGCGGACUGAGUGCGUUGGACUCAAUUGGUACUUGAACAAGUGCCACGUGAUGAGGGAGGUCAAGGUUCCUGGCUCCGACGCGGUCAUCAGGGUACGAAUCGAAGCUACUUGUACCUGCGGGCACCCCAACCAGACGGUUUAUCACAUGUUCAUGGAGUGUCCUGAUCUUCAUGAUGCCAGGUUACUGUUGAUUCGGAAGGUCAAGCAUUUCGCAUGGAAGACGCUUCUGACGACUGACCUGAAGGUUGCUGUUCAUUGGGCCAUGAUGUACUUCGGGCUUGAACAGUUUUCCUUGGCUCGACUAGACUCUAUGUUCUAUGUUGAUUCCGGGGGCUCUUAA